AUGGCCUUGCUCAGAAAAUCCAAACAAUACCGCAAAGCCGGGGCUCACUUUGCCGUGUGGGGUGAUGGGCCCAUCAUCGACGCGAGUGAGCCAUCUGAGGCCGCUAUCCGCAAGCAGGCAAAGGAACUGGCGUCGUUCGCUACUUACUGCCAGAGUAGCGGUCUCGUCCCGAUUGUGUAUCCCAAGCUGUCGUUUGAUAAACCGCCCAGCAUUGUCAAGUUCGCCGAUUUGACCAAGAGAGUACUCAGCACUUGCGUGACGGCCCUAAAUUAUCAGAGAGUGCUCCUUGAGGGAACCGUGUUGAUGCUCGGGAUAGCCCCCAAGCCUGAUCAGCAGUCCAUUGCUAGAAACACCUUCCGUGUCCCGAAGGAUACUGUGCCUGCUGCCAUUCCGGCUAUCGUGUUCUUGUCCAGUGGGCAGAGCGAGGAGAAGGCCAUUAUUGCCAUGAACAAGUUGAAGAGCAAGAAGCCAUGGAAGAUCUCCUCCUUUUUCGGUCCGCCGCUACAGCAGGGAACCUUGAAGGCCGGGGCUGGAAAGGACAAUCCGCAUUCCCCACUAGAGGCGAGGUGA